AAAAUAAAACAUGUCAAAUUUAACAAAUAAAAAACGCUUACCGAUGACCAAUCUGUGAGUUUUUAGUUAAGAAGAAAACAAAAAGAACAUCACAGCACAGAGCUUCGGACAUUUUCGGAGUCUCCGCACUGCAACUGAGCUCUUAAGACUGCUUGAUAGGGCUGUUAUAUAGAGGCUAACAUGAGCUUUACUGCCCCGUCACUUGUUUCUGCUGGUGCUAGAAGAGCAUUUGAGUAUGGAAGAACAUAUGUUGUCAGGCCAAAAGGUAAACACCAAGCAACUAUAGUUUGGUUACAUGGCCUCGGUGAUAAUGGCGCCAGUUGGUCCCAGUUACUAGAGACACUUGCUCUUCCAAAUAUUAAAUGGAUAUGUCCAACUGCUCCUACCCAGCCAAUAUCUUUAUUUGGUGGCUUUCCUUCUACUGCUUGGUUUGAUGUGGGAGACCUGUCAGAAGAUGCUCCUGAUGAUCUAGAAGGUUUGGAUGCUUCAGCUGCACAUGUUGCAAAUUUGUUGUCCACAGAACCUGCAGACAUUAAGCUUGGUGUUGGAGGAUUUAGCAUGGGAGCAGCUACUGCUCUUUACUCUGCAUCCUGCUUUACUUCUGGAAAAUAUGGGAAUGGCAAUCCUUAUCCGGCCAACUUAAGUGCAGCGGUUGGUUUAAGUGGCUGGCUUCCAUGUGCAAAGACCUUGAGUAACAAGUUACAAGGGUUAGAUGAAGCCACAAGGCGUGCUCAGUCCUUGCCCAUUUUAAUGUGUCAUGGAAAAGGUGACGAUGUGGUUCCCUAUAAAUUUGGGGAAAAAUCAUCAAAGUGCUUAAGUUCAACUGGAUUUCAGGAUGUAACUUUUAAAUCAUAUACUGGGCUUGGCCACUACACAGUUCCGGAAGAGAUGGAUGAGCUUUGUGCUUGGCUAGCGUCAAAAUUAGGCCUUGAGGGGAAUUCUGCCUAGUUAGAAAGUAAAUAAAGCAAAAUUUCCGAAAGGAUUUUUUCCUAUUUUUGUCUAUUGUAAUAUUUGCUUAGAUUGUUCUGUUGAUGAUAUGGAUAAUAUUUGUAGAACCCAUUUGUAAAACACUUUAAAGCCUGAAGGCAUCUUUAAGGCAACUCACUAUUUUGGAACAAAACAAAACUUGGAGGUUCAAAAGUGUGAUGGAAUGCAGCAAAUAUAUCCUGUUGAGGUUUCCUCAAUAUUUUGUGUUUA